GCGGAGACUGGCCGGGCCUCUCACUUCCGGGCGCCUGAACGCCCCGCCUCACCCCGGCGGCCCAGAGCCACCAUGGAGCGGCAGGUGCUGCUGAACGAGCCCGAAGAGGCGGCGGCGCUGUACCGGGACCUUAGCCGCCAUCCCGCGCUGAGCGCCGCCUGCCUGGGCCCGGAGGUCACCACGCAGUACGGGGGUUGUUACCGGACGGUGCACACUGAGUGGACCCAGAGGGACCUGGAACGCAUGGAGAACAUCCGAUUCUGCCGCCAGUACCUGGUGUUCCAUGAUGCGGACUCAGUGGUGUUUGCAGGGCCUGCGGGCAACAGUGUGGAGACCCGGGGCGAGCUGCUGAGCAGAGAAUCUCCUUCAGGCACCAUGAAAGCUGUGCUGCGCAAGGCUGGAGGGCCGGGCGCUGGGGAGGAGAAGCAGUUUUUGGAGGUUUGGGAGAAGAACCGGAAGCUCAAGAGCUUCAACCUGUCAGCGCUGGAGAAACAUGGGCUGGUUUAUGAGGAUGACUGCUUUGGCUGCCUGUCCUGGUCGCACUCGGAGACGCACUUAUUAUACGUGGCAGAGAAGAAGCGCCCCAAGGCUGAGUCCUUCUUUCAGACCAAAGCCUUGGACGUCAGUGGCAGCGAUGACGAGGUGGCCAGGCUGAAGAAGCCAGACCAGGCCAUUAAGGGGGAUCAAUUUUUAUUUUACGAAGAUUGGGGAGAAAACUUGGUUUCCAAAAGCACUCCUGUACUCUGUGUGCUGGAUGUCGAGAGUGGCAACAUCUCUGUGCUUGAGGGGGUCCCUGAGAGUGUGUCCCCUGGACAGGCAUUCUGGGCCCCUGGAGACACAGGUGUUGUGUUUGUGGGCUGGUGGCAUGAGCCCUUCCGGCUGGGCAUCCGCUUCUGCACCAAUCGAAGACACACACUGGCCCUGGCAGCCUGCAUGAUGCUCACAUUUCUGUCUGGUCCAGAGCUCCUCUCGGAUGACUCUCUGGCUGUCUCUUCUCCCCGGCUGAGCCCAGACCAAUGUCGCAUCGUCUACCUGAGGUUCCCAUCUCUGGUCCCGCAUCAGCAGUGUGGCCAGUUGUGCCUGUAUGACUGGUAUACCAGGGUCACCUCCGUGGUGGUGGACAUUGUGCCUCGGCAGCUGGGAGAGAACUUCUCUGGGAUCUACUGCAGCCUUCUGCCUCCGGGAUGCUGGUCGGCUGACAGCCAAAGAGUGGUUUUCGACUCAGCUCAGCGCAGCCGGCAGGACCUGUUUGCUGUGGACACCCAGAUGGGCAGUGUGACCUCUCUGACGGCUGGGGGGUCAGGUGGAAGCUGGAAGCUGCUCACAAUUGACCGGGACCUCAUGGUGGCACAGUUCUCCACGCCCAGCCUACCCCCAUGCCUGAAAGUUGGGUUCCUGCCUCCUGAGGGGAAGGAGCAGGCGGUAUCAUGGGUGUCCCUGGAGGAGGCCGAGCCCAUUCCUGAAAUCUCCUGGAGCAUCCGGGUACUACAGCCACCCCCAGAGCAAGAGCAUGUGCAGUAUGCUGGCCUUGACUUUGAAGCAAUCCUUCUGCAGCCCAGCGACCCUCCAGAUAAGACCCAGGUGCCCAUGGUGGUCAUGCCCCACGGGGGACCCCAUUCAUCCUUUGUCACUGCCUGGAUGCUGCUCCCAGCCAUGCUUUGCAAGAUGGGCUUUGCAGUACUACUAGUGAACUAUCGUGGCUCCACGGGCUUUGGCCAGGACAGCAUCCUCUCCCUCCCCGGCAAUGUGGGCCACCAGGAUGUGAAGGACGUCCAGUUUGCAGUAGAGCAGGUGCUCCAGGAGGAACACUUUGAUGCAGGCCGUGUGGCCCUUAUGGGUGGUUCCCAUGGUGGCUUCCUGUCCUGCCACCUGAUUGGUCAGUACCCGGAGACCUACGGUGCCUGCGUGGUGCGGAACCCUGUGAUCAACAUUGCCUCCAUGAUGGGCUCCACUGACAUCCCUGACUGGUGCGUGGUGGAGGCUGGCUUCCCCUACAGCAGCAACUGCCUGCCAGACCUCAACAUGUGGGCUGAGAUGCUGCACAAGUCGCCCAUCAAGUAUACCCCUCAGGUGAGGACACCAGUGUUACUGAUGCUGGGCCAGGAGGACCGGCGUGUGCCCUUCAAGCAGGGCAUGGAGUAUUACCGUGCCCUCAAGGCCCGAAACGUGCCCGUUCGGCUCCUGCUCUAUCCCAAAAGCACCCAUGCACUAUCAGAGGUGGAGGUGGAAUCAGACAGCUUCAUGAAUGCUGCGCUCUGGCUGUGCACGCACUUGGGCAACUGAAGCCCUACCACUCUGUAUGAGCUGGGUGACAUAUGCCACACUUGGCUCUUGGAGAGCCCCAGGGUCUGGCAGAGCGGCAAGAGGCUUCCUGGGCUCUGGACUUCAUGGAUGGGUGAGCCGAGGAAUGUGGGCUGUAUACUCAUAAUAAAUGAGGACACAGAGUCUA